GCUCUUUCAAGGGCACCCCUGCCCUUUUUUAUCGCUUUUCUUUCACUUCACUUGCUUUGCUCUGUUUUCGAUCUUGUUUCUGCUCUGCUUUCCCCUGUUUUCUCUGGCGGCCAUGAGGGAGGCCAUAAGGUGCUGCAUCGCCUGCAUCCUGCCGUGCGGCGCCCUCGACGUGGUGCGCGUCGUGCACGCCAACGGCCGCGUGGAGGAGAUCCGCGCCGCCGUGACCGCCGGCGACGUCAUGCGGGCGCACCCCGACCACGUGCUUCGUCGGCCGCCCAACGGCGCCGAGGCCACCAAGGCCGUCACGCUGCCGCCGGACGCCGAGCUCGAGAGGGGCAGGAUUUACUUCCUGGUGCCCGUCGAGACGACGGCGGCGGCGCGGAGGCGGAGGAAGGGGAGGAGGAGGAAGACGAAGGCGGCCGACAGCGACGGCGCCUCAGCGGCGGCAGCAGCCGGCAAGGCCAUGCGCGACCUGAACGAGCGGUACCUAUCGGAGAUCCUGUCGGAGAAGGUGUCGACUGGGUACAUAGAGAGGCGGCGCGGUCGGGUGGCCGUGUGGCGGCCGCACUUAGACAGCAUCUCCGAAACCUCCAUGGAGCUCUGAAACAGAGCACGGACCCUGUGAUUUUCCUCCUAUCGUUUGUUAAUAAUAUCAUAAUCUUUAAUUUUGUUGCUAAAUUCAAGAUUAUGCCUACAAAA